CGGGUCUGAAUCCUAGGACCUCAGACUCUCUGUGAGGUGCAAGACUGAGCUCUCCAUCAGCUACUGGAGUCUGCAGCAGAGUGGGAUCUUUGUGCCUAGACCUUUCCCAUUCACAGAGGAAAGUGGAAGACUGUGCUGUCCGGCUGAGAAUUUAUAGAGGUUCAAGAACAAAGAUGAACUGGCCCCAUUACUGCAUCUCCUUUUACUGGAUCUAUGUUGCUGCCUCUGGACUGAGGGCUGUAGAAACAGCAGACGGGAAAUAUGCUCAGAAGUUGUUUAAUGACCUUUUUGAAGAUUAUUCCAAUGCUCUCCGUCCAGUAGAAGAUACAGAUAAAGUCCUGAAUGUCACGCUGCAGAUUACACUUUCUCAGAUUAAGGAUAUGGAUGAAAGAAACCAGAUUCUGACUGUCUAUUUGUGGAUCCGCCAAAUCUGGAACGAUGCGUACCUCACGUGGGAUCGAGACCAGUAUGACGGUCUGGACUCCAUCAGGAUCCCCAGUGACCUGGUGUGGAGGCCAGAUAUUGUCCUAUAUAACAAGGCUGAUGAUGAAUCUUCUGAGCCUGUGAACACGAAUGUGGUCCUGCGUUAUGAUGGGCUGAUCACCUGGGAUGCACCAGCUAUCACUAAAAGCUCCUGUGUGGUAGAUGUCACUUACUUCCCCUUUGAUAACCAGCAGUGUAACCUGACCUUUGGUUCCUGGACCUACAAUGGCAAUCAGGUGGACAUAUUCAAUGCCCUGGACAGUGGUGACCUCUCCGACUUCAUUGAAGAUGUGGAGUGGGAGGUCCAUGGCAUGCCUGCUGUGAAGAAUGUGAUCUCCUACGGCUGCUGCUCUGAGCCUUACCCAGAUGUAACAUUCACUCUGCUUCUGAAGAGAAGGUCUUCAUUCUAUAUCGUCAACCUCCUUAUCCCAUGCGUCCUUAUAUCUUUUCUGGCUCCCUUGAGUUUUUAUCUACCAGCAGCCUCAGGGGAAAAGGUGUCCCUGGGAGUGACCAUCCUAUUGGCCAUGACUGUAUUUCAGCUUAUGGUGGCAGAGAUCAUGCCGGCCUCAGAAAAUGUCCCUCUGAUAGGCAAAUACUACAUAGCCACGAUGGCCUUGAUCACGGCCUCCACGGCCUUGACCAUUAUGGUGAUGAAUAUCCACUUCUGCGGAGCAGAGGCCCGGCCAGUGCCACACUGGGCUCGCGUGGUCAUCCUGAAAUACAUGUCCAGGAUUUUGUUUGUCUACGAUGUGGGUGAGAGCUGCCUUCGCCCCCGCCGCGACACAGAGCGGGACCACCUCAUGAAGGUUUAUGGCAAACUUCCAGAGACUAAUCUGAAGACAGCCAGGAACAAAGACCUUCCCAGAAAAAAGGAAAUGAACAAAUUCUUGAAGAAUGAUUUGAGGUGCCAGGGUGAGAACCCACAGGAUGCUGACAAUUACUGUGCACGGUACAAAGUGUUGACAAGGAAUAUCGAAUACAUUGCUAAAUGCCUCAAAGACCACAAGGCCACCAAUUCCAAGGGGAGCGAAUGGAAGAAGGUUGCAAAAGUCAUAGACCGAUUCUUCAUGUGGAUUUUUUUCAUUAUGGUAUUUGUGAUGACUAUUUUGAUCAUAGCAAAAGCAGGUUAGUGGGCAUUUGUUAUGUAGGGAUAAAUUAAUAGAAUUCCCUGUGAUCUACUCUAAUAGUCUUCCAAGUCAGAUUGAUCUAUCUAUAUUAUAGCUAUCUGUCAGAUUAAAUUAAACAGGAUGUCCAAAAUUUCAUGGGGAGGAAGCUGGAGGACAUAGAGAAGGACACUUUUAUAGCCGACCUGAGUGGUAAGUGGCUAGCUUGUAGAUCACACAUUAUUCUCCCUUUUAGCAGUGCAGAUAACAAAGUACACUAUAUUACUGUUUAAAAUUUAAAAUCAAACAAACAAAUAUUCCCCUUAGUCCCUAUUAAAACAUGCUUUUAAAAAAGGAAAAUAGUCAUGUAUUCCUUAAUGUGAUUAAAGUCUCGAUGUUAUCUUUCUCAAGCAUGGUGCAUUUCAAGCCAUUUCACAAAUGAUGAAAUAAAAAGCUCUGUCCUGAUAAAGAAAAUGUAAGGAUGAA